AUCGUGCAAUACCACCUCGCCCCCGCUUCGUGGGGAUGAAAAAACCCCCACUGUGCAGUCCUUCACCCCUUGGCCCCGUGCAGCCGCUAGUGGGAAGAGUACCCACACAACCCCUCUACCACCCACACAACCACAUCACAAUCACAGCGAGUACUCGCACUCCAUCCCCCACUCCGUUCGGUAUCACGAGUCGGGGAAGAAGGGUGUAAAAAAGAGGAGAAAUCCAAGUGCCGAUCUUCAGCCAGUGGUGGCGCUGCUCGGCGUCUCCCGUCAGUUUUUCACGUACCAGUGAGGCGGCAGCGUCACCCCUCGUUGUUAAAUUCAAAAUCGCGAGUGUUGAUGUAACAAAAGUGCAGGUCAACUAAUAAGUCAAUAAAUGACAAUUGAUCAUCGUGGGAUUGAGUGAAGUGGUUACAAGUGCGAUGGAUCUAUCAUCACCAAGGAUUCAGUGUAAAAUGUGAAGUUGAGAGGUGAUAUUUUAUUGAUAAAUAGGGGUGCGGGUCCACCCAGCAUCAGGGAUACCAGUGUCUCCACUCGUCCUGGUGUCAUGGCUCGACGAAAAUUGGAAUGAUUAUCAGGGAGAAGUUCAUUCUAGGGAUGUCAUUGGAUCUGGCCAAAUGAGGAUGGUUUGGUGAUGGAUAGAGUGAUGGAAUUGUUUGAUUUGUCGAGGAUAAUGACGAGAGGACAUCAUCUACCGCCCAUCGGCGUUAUCCUACUCCUCGUGAUCAGCAUCAUCAGUGCUGAUAAGUGUGCUGAUGAGUGUACCUGCAAGUGGAAGAGUGGUAAACGAACAGUUGAGUGUGUCAAUCGUUCAUUAAACUCAAUACCGAGUACGAUAGACGCUGAGACACAGGUGUUGGAUGCCAGUGGUAAUGAUAUUAAAUUAUUACCGAGUAACAUCUUCAUUCGGGUUAGUUUAACGAAUCUUCAACGGCUGUACCUUCGUGACUGUCGUAUCCAGCAGAUCGAUAAAGAUGCAUUUGCUGGGCUGACUAAUCUCGUUGAAUUGGACCUAUCCAACAAUCGUCUCACCCUAAUACCGAGUGACAGUCUUAUCAAAGUCCCAUUUUUACGUGAUUUAUCAUUAUCUCAUAAUCCCCUGGAGCGUGUAUUCAGUCAAGCAUUUCGUACAACUCCAAAUCUCGUUAAACUCGAUUUAUCCAACGCCCAAAUAGCUGAAGUUGAGGCUAAUGGUUUUCGUGGAUUAGACUCACUGGAGAGUCUCAAAUUAAAUGGUAAUCGCAUUGGUACCUUUCAUCCCGGCACAUUCGAGCCCCUCAACAAGAUAAAGAGUGUAGAAUUACAGGAUAAUCCCUGGAUUUGCAACUGUCAUCUGCGGGAGAUGAGACAGUGGAUGGCUAAGCACAACUUACCUAUUAUCAUAUCGCCAGUUUGUCAUGGACCAGAUCAACUUAUUGACCGUUCAUUCACGGAUAUUGAGCUUGAUGAUUUUGCGUGUAGACCUGUCCUCAUGAUUGCCAGUCGUUAUGCUGAAGCAACGAUUGGUGAAAAUGCCAGUAUAGUGUGUCGUGUAUCAGCAGUACCACCAGCUAAAGUCAAGUGGUUCUGGAAUGGCAAGCUAUUGUCAAAUCACUCGGCCUUCAGCAGCCACCAGAAGAUAUUUAUUUAUGAAGAGGGUCAGUUUUCUAAAAGGAGUACGCUCAUCCUGACCAACGCCCAGGAGUCGGAUUCCAGUGAAUUUUUUUGCGUUGCGGAAAAUCGAGCUGGUUCUGUGGAAGCUAACUUUACGCUUCACGUCUCACUGAGAACUGCUGGCAUGUCAACUUUGGGCUCGGGUCAAAUUGCGGGUAUAUCAGCAGCACUGGUGGUCCUCAUCCUCUUCAUUCUCCUGAUAAUUCUCGUUCUGUUCGUACGCCUUCGGAGGAUGCCUGUCAAGGAUGUGAAAAAUGCCACAGCUACCCUAGAAAUUCUCCCCAACGAUACCAAUCAAGAUGUAGGCGGGGGCUUCCCAGCAUCACCCUCGUCCACCAAGAAGAUUGAGGAGGCUGAGACAACCUUCAAUGACUCUAGCAAACCAGUCUCACUCACCCUGAAUUACGUCCAGCGGACGUCUGUAGAGAACAGCUCUAGUGAUUAUGUAUUCGAAGAAGCUAGACCAGUGAUUCAUGGGCCAUGCUUCUCCUCCACGACGUCACUAGUGCCCAUUGACAAUCCCGACCUGAUCAGGGAUACUCGCACGUCGAUUGAGGAGCUUGGCUCCUACACAACUGAACAGCUGGGUACCAUCAUGAUGGAGGACACCAGGCUACUGUACUCCAGUCUCUGGAAUACGAGAGAACGCAGCAGUCCGAGUUAUCCUGUACCGAAUGCAAGUGGAUUCGGUGCCAAGGAGAUUCAGGCGAAUUUGACUCCCAUUGAGCAGUUUCCACCAGGAGCAAAACAGCUCAGGGUCUGGCAGAAGGGAGUACCCGUUCUACCUCCUGUGUCGGCAUUAAAACGGGUCCUCGGCUCCACCAGGAGUUCGCCAGAUGAGGGAUAUCAGGAGGGCACUGGCACUGAUGUCUAGGUGCCACUGCUUCAUUACUGCGACCCAAGGCAUCGGUAUCUCGAGCUCAUGCGGAGGCAUCAGGAGGACAGCAGGAGUGAGUUAGGGGAUGGUUUGGAGUGAGUGGUGUAUUGUGGAUGGCCUGUUCAGUGUGACGAAGAACGAUAACCAUUGGUUCAUCAUUACGAUUGCCAAAUAUAAUCGCGAAAGAGUGGUGCUGUGUGGGCUCAUUGGACCGUGAAAUUUCAUCGGGAAAUUUGAAUUCAGUUAACGCCAAAAUUGGAUUUAGGGGUGGGGGAUUUUUUUAUUGAGGCGGAGUUGAUGUUGCUGAUGAAGUGGAUUAUCGCAGUAGUGAAAUUGAGGGGAAAUGGAGAGGAAUAAGGACAAUUGAGGGUGGUCUCUCGGUGAUUCCCCUGGGGGCUUGACGAGGUCAAAUGGACAUUAUUAAUGCAGACACUUGGCUGUCCCGUUUUCAGGCACAAUAUCUGAUUAUUCGGGGAAGAGGUUUACAUUCCAAGGUGGAUUUUUUUUUUGUGGAUUAUGUCAUUUUUUAAAUUUUCACUUCGUUCAUUUUGAGGCUUUUUUUCACGAGUUAAGACUGUACAUGUUAUUGACGUGGGGCGGGUGUAUAGAUAGCGAUUGAAUUUAUUGGAGAUACGUUGAGUUUAUAUGGAGAUACAAAGGAAGUUAAUAUAUAUAUAUAUGUAUACACACUUUUUUUAGUCGAUUCAAUAAUUAGGAUAGUGGGGGGAAGGAGUGCGGAGGGUGGCAUUGGUGGGGAGUGCAGUGGUGGAUGUGAGGCUGGGUGAGCUUCACGGGGUAUCUCGGGAUGGGGUAGGUUUGGAAGGAAAUGUCAUAAGAAUUUUUUGUGUGGAAUUCAAUUUUGCACAGAAAAUGUCUUAUCUUACAUUCUAAUAAAACCACUCGUUACUGAGAUUUUUAUAUAAUUAAUAACACAUGUAAGAAUUCACGAUAUUACGAAAAGGUGAUUCUUGGUAUCUCGUGAAGUCCUCCCAUUUUCUUCUAAACCCGUUUGUUCUCGAAAUAUUGGAAAACAAAAUCUGUAAAUGUAUUUUCGUCACUUCUCAUUCCACCACUUCACGAUUAAUUCUCGUAAUUGGGAAUUCCGAACAUAACAUGAUAAAUGAAAAGUUUCUCAUGUUCAAUUCAAAGUGGAGAUGUUCUGGUCCCAGCGAUAUUCACUUCUCCGCCAAAAAAAUACUCAAAAUUGAGAGAAUGUUUUUUUCAAUGAAAAAAACAUUCAAUUGGUUUUAGGGAAUUUCUUAGGGAGUCAUGGGGUUAUAAAUAAUUUUAAAUAAUGAAGAUUAUAGGGGAAAAAUUAACGUUGUUUGUUGUCUGGAUAUUCGGCAGGCACAAGUCUGUCGCAAUUACGUUAUUGUACGGUAUAAAUAAGUGUGAAUUUCUGUGAGUGACAGUGUGAGUGGUAAUUCGAGUGCAUCGAGUGAUUGAAUUGCAUGAGGUAUAUUUUAUAAUAAUCAUCAGUUGAUUGAGGAUUUUCGAUUUAUCAAUGUUGAUUUUGGUCAGAAUUAUCUGGUCAAAUGACGAGGGAAACUAACAAUUCAUAUCAAUUCGGUGUUGAUCAUCACCUGAGAGAUUUUUUGUAGAGAAAUAUUAGAGCUACGGAAUUUCCAACUAUCAUGAGGGAAACUAGUGAAACCAGUAGCGAUGGGGUAAAACGAGAUAAGUGACAUUUGCCUAGUGACGAAUCUUUUAUCAAUGGCUCUCAUUCUAGGGAGAAUAGCCAAAUUUUCAUCCUCAUCUUUUUGGUGGAUUCAUUUGAGUACCGCAAACGAUGUCUUGACAAAAAUUUCGCUAUCUCCCUUCAAUUCGGAGAUAUUGCUCAAAAACUCGACUGAGAGAAGGCAAUUUAUCUCGUUUCACCCCUUCCCUGCAGAAAUGAUAAGGAGAGCCAUGACAAAUCGAUGAACAUUGAUGAAUCUCAAAGUCGAGCGAUUGAAUUUCUUUUUAUAAAUUCAUCAGACUUACUGAAACAUUUGGAAUUCAACCUAAUAUUUAUCACUAUUUUAUAAUUACAAUUUUAACGACAUAUCCGGGUGGAUCGAGUCAACGUAUUGAGGAAUAUUACCAAAAGGCAAAAAAUAGUGAAGCAAAGAAAUCAAAGGAAAAUAUCUGCUAAAAAUAAUCUCCACAUUUUUCAUUCUCUCUGUACCUAAAAUCAAUUAUUUAAAUUUGUACAUAUCAAAAAAAAAAAAGAAAAAAAAUUCCCAAGGAAAGAUAUUUAUCCUGGGGCGUGAGGGAUUUCCAUCCAUGAAUUUUUUACUCACUUCUCCUUCAACGCAGACAUUUUUCUUUGCGGGAAUUAUCCAUCAGGCAUAUCACCGUGAUGACAUUUUACUCUCAUGAAAUUCGAAUUCUGGAUGUUAUGAAAUUUAAAAUUAGCGAGGUGGCGAGACGAAUGGGGGAUGGGGGAUAGGAGUGUGAAGAAAUGGCACGUGAGGUGUCGGGAGCUGAUUGAUUCGGGGUUCCGAGACGUUAACGGUUUUACCGAUAGAUCGAUAAGGGCUCGCUCAAUGCAGAACCGUGGGGGACAAUAAAGAGAGAUGAAUAAAGAUUAUUUACAUGAGGAAUAAAAGUAACUCUUGGUUAUGAUAGGAUGGAAUUAUCAUGGGAAUGGCGGGGGUUGGGGAUGAAAUGUCGGAAAACUUUUGUGGAGAAUUAAAUUUUAUGGAAAAUGGGCGUUCUGACGUUUUCGCUGCGAAAAAAUGGCUAUUUCAGAAUUCAGGGAAUUUUUUUUCAAGCAGAGGAUCAAAUAGCGUUGGGAAUCAAAAUGACCCUUAUGGAUAUUCGGCGUUGGGGGUUAAAUGGUUUUACGGGUCAAACAGGUUAGAAUAGCGCGAAAUAUUUCAACCCUUAAUGGUCAUGGUCCUUGAUGGCCUCGACUAAAAACCAAAAAAAGAGUUUCUGAAAUUUGAAAUAAGAAAUUUUACUAUUUUGUAUAAUUCAGUAAACUUCUUUCUUGCUUUUAGUUGAGGGUUAAACUGUUCUAACGUGGCCAUCUGACCCUUCGCAAGCCUGUGAGGCCCUUCAAAUCAUAAUUGCGCCAUUUUACCCUCGAAUCUUGUGACAACCCCAAGAGUCAUUUGACCUUCAAGUAAAUCAUAAAAAAAAGUUUCCUGAGUGCUACGAAAAAUGGCCGUUCUUGGAGGUCUCACCUGACGCAGCUUUAAAAUGGGAACCCCUCGCCUAAAAAAAUCAUCCCCUUGAAAUUGUAGAAUGGACCGACAAUUUUGAAAGCCGAAUUUAACCCCACAAUUGGAGUAUCUGUAUCCCCCGGCCUCCGGAAGAAAAUGUCUCACUGCCGCCAAGAUAUUUUAUGUCUCACUAACGUGAGAUAUUUUAUCGCUGUAGGUGUGGGGUGGUGAGAAUGGGCCAAUGUGGAAUAACUUACGUCGUACCGUCACGAUAACGACGCUGGGCCACGGUAGUCUAGAAGGACGCCACUGUGCAGCCGACAGCCAACUCUACCACAUUCACAACGGGCUUCGAUCGAAUAAUUAGACUUUUUAGUAAGUUUAAUUGUUGCAACACUCUUUCUUUCUUUCUCGACGAGUUAGGGGCGCCAUCACCUGACCCUUCAGACGUGUGAUCCAAUUAGGUUUGUGAAUUGGGAACUUGAAGCGUGAUUACGACUUUUUUUCACGUUUAUUAGAGAGCGAAAUAAUGAAUAAUCGAGUUUUCAAAGGGAUUAUGAGUUUCGGGGCGAAACGACCGGUGCAGAAAAUAUUUUAGACAAUAUUGUUUAUUGAGAACUUGGCGACAGAUGUGAAUAUUGAUAACGCAAAAAUUAAACGAUAAAUCGUGAUGAAGUUAGUGUCAAUAUUUUUUUCGCUUUUACUUUAAAAAUCAGAUUAUAGUUUUCAGUUUAAAUCCUAGAGUGCACAGUGAUUUAGACGUGAAUAACAUUUGUAUUGACAGUAAUCAAGUGACAAACAUACAGAUGACUUUAGCGUGACUUUAUAUUUUUUUUAUUAAUCAUUUUGUUGAAUAUUUAUUUACUAUACAUUUAUCCCAUAUUUUUAUUUCUCUGCUAUAUUUAUUCUAUUUAUAUUUAUUGAUUGCACUCCGCGCAUUAAUUAGUUUUCUUUCAUUUUUAUACUGAGCUCUUGUCUCGGACGAGAGUAUCAACAAAGAAAUUUCGAAGUGUAAUUUAAAAUCUCUCGUUAAAGUCUCCAGCUCCGGAGUCAGGAAUUAAAAUGCUGUGGAAAGUUUUCCAUUACAGAGUGAUUUCGCAUUACGAACUUCUGAUAUCGUUGGACAUUCUCGGUGUGGAGGGAAUGAAACCUUAGGAGUUAAAAAUGCGGAAGCGAUAUGCUUUGUAAUUUGAACAUUAGUAUCGAUUACUCAUUUAGUUUUGAGAAUUAUGAACCAGGGAUUAGUGCUAUCAGAAGGAAUUGAGAUUCCCUCAACUCCCGAUUAGGAGAUCAUUAAGGAGACUCUCUGUAGAUAAUUUUAGCAUCAACAGCUGCAUGAAAAUUGUCUAAACUAUCACGAGAAUUCGACAGCUCACUUGAAUUUUUAAUGACAACGUGAAUAUUUUGAGCACCAAAUUUCAAUUGAUUUUCAUGGAAUAGUGCAGCUGCAGCGUAUAGUCUUCACUGAUAGUCGCAUAAAAUGCAAAAUGCACCGGUAUUGAGUUUUCAUUCAAUUUUCAGAAUUAUCUGACCCUAGUUAUAACUCAGUUAUUAACGUUUUAGUCGAGAAUAACCCUCUCUGGAUGGAUUCACGACAUUUGGGGCUAAUACCGUUCCUGGCAAUCACAUUACAGCACUCAGUGCCAGGUUUUAAACUAAUGGAAAGUCUAAUCAUAUUUCCAACAUGCAGUUUCUAAUUUAAUUUAAAUUCUCGACGUCCUUCUCAAUGAUUUCUCGUGUCAAAAAAUUUUUUUUGAGAUGACUAAGAAAAUCCUUUGCAUGAACUUUCUGAAGAGUCUCUGGAAGAUGGAUUUUUUUACGUGGAGAUGGUACUAUGGGAUUUCUGAGGAUCUCCAUUGUUGCUGGAUUUAAAUCCAUUCAAUGUGAUCAAUUUAUUUAAAAAUGUUUCUGGAAUAAACAGCUCGAAUGUUAGACUUCAAAGAGGCCUUGAAAUUUCAUGUCACAAGGUCCAUAAUUUUUUAAUCAAUUUUGAAACGAGUGAUGGUUUAUCAAUACGCGAGCACAGGGUAAAAACGCACCUGGUUAUUAUUGCGCCAUCGUCACCACCAUAACUAUUAAAAGUCCAUUAGGGGGAAUUUAAUUUUCAACGAGAUGAUUUUUCGAAAUAUUUCCAUCAAGCUAAUGGUGUUGGGGUAAUUCUUCCGGAUUUUUGAAAUUAAUUUGUAAUUAAUUAGUUGGAAACUACUGGGUCUCGGGGUAAUGGACGGAAAACAUUUCUUGGGGGAGAUUUCGUGAGUUAGAAAUGUUGUUCGACACUUGGAGAUAUUUUUUUCACCCUUUCUGGUUAAUCUUGAAGAUAUCUCGAUAAGGGUUGAUGUUAUGGGGAAAAAUUGUCAGAAAUCCUUUAGUGUGGAGAAUUUUCUGGCCCACGGAAUAGGAAUUUUUCUGAAAAGAGGUUUUAGUAUUUUUUAUAAUUAAUAAAAUCAUUAGAAAAAUUCUCCAUCUAGUUUUCCCUAUAAUUUCCACAUUUCCUAGAAAUUCAACACAAUAAACGACUCAUUAUUUCUCGUUAAGCGCCACAAAUAAAUAAUUUCAAAUCCUAUCAGCGUUGCUGAAUAAAUCCCUGAAUGUACUAUCCCUAUCAUCAAUGGGCUGUACCAAAUCCAUCCUAUUUUCCCGUAAUAACUGAUUAUUAAACUGUUGUAAUAUCCAACGAAUGUGGAAUAUAAUCUAUUUAUUUCGUUGAAAUUGAAUUUCAUUUCCACUAUUUUGCAAUUAUCAAAAGAAUCGUGAGGUUUAUGAGAAAAUGUGUCUGAACUUUUUUUGUAGCGGAUAAAAUUCUCUACGAGAAGUCUCAUAUCCAAUUUUUCCCUCAAACUCAUCCCUCGCGGGAUAUUAGCCAUCGAAUUGGCUGAGAAAUUUCUUCUUUCCAAAAUUCCGUAUACAACGUCAUUAAAACACAAACAUAAAUAUUUUCAAAUGCUACCAGAGCAACCACAUAAAUUCUUGAUUUCAUCACCCAUAAGGCAAUAAGAGAUGCGCAGAAUCCAUUGAAUUUACUCGUAAUAACUGAUUAUUAAAUCCCCAUAAUACCCAACGGAUGUUCAAUACAGCGAGAGGGAUUGGCGCCGAGUAGUCGAAUUGUUCUCGUGAUUGGUCUGCCGUGUAAAGCCCUAUACUUACGUUUUAUGCAAUCGAUUUCACGUUGGCCUAAAUAUUCUUUGUAAGUACGAGCGAGCGCUACUGAGAGCUAGUUGGCCGUGCUGAGAAGGCCUGAAGUAGCGAAAAAAAAAAAUGUAAAGAAAAGAAGAACGAGAGAAUGUGGAAAAAAGACCGACGUAAAGGGGGUGCAUCGACCACUGUUUGACGUACGGCAUAAAGCACAUUUACAACCGAUCGUUUGUCCUGACUGCUCGAGUGCAGUGCAUCAUUUACCAGUUGUUUCCUUUACCCACUUUAUUUCGUGGUAUUAAUUCCUUAGUCGAACUCAACCUGAUGUCUGAAUUGCAGAGACUUUUUUUAAGACAUUUUUGAUCGAUAAAGAGUGAUUUCUCUUUCAUUUUUUUUGGGACUAUGUGGAACAUGAAAGACUGCUGUAAUUCAUCGGUGAUUAACCCUUUAAAUCGUUAAUUGGUUCACUCGAUAAUUGAUGGACUUGAUGAUUGUGUUUUAUGACGCAUAAAACGUCUUUUCAUUUUUAAUGAAAUUCCAGAAAUUUCCAUAAAUAUUUUGGGGUCAUUAAAUUUUUUAAGUUUAUGGCUUCUUUAGUUAUUCAGGAGUUGAGAUCUUCAUUUAAUAAUCAGUUAGUGAAAAAUUUCAGUUCCAGUAGUGAAAAUUUUAGGGGGAAAGCGUGAACUUUGGUCCGGAUUUAAGAGCUUUCACUUCAUGCGCUGCAAAUUGAUGACGUAAAUCUCAGACUUAAAAAAAAUGUUUUGUCGUCGAAAUUAAUUUUGCAAUUGAUAUUUUUUCUGUACAAUCAAUUUAUUAAUUGGUCAAUCUAUCUCUGAAGGCAUGACAGACAUAAAGAACAGCAUGGAAAACUUGAAAAGAGACAAGAAUCAAUAAGAAAUAAAUUUCCUAUUCGAUGAAUCAUUCAAGACAGCCCCGAAUUAAUUUUUUUAUCAUUCCAACAUCCAUUUUAAUAUUUCAAAGUUCAACCUGUCCAUGUCGGCUGUCUAUUAGUCUCAUGAAUCAUUCUGAGAUUCCAAUACAAAUUCUCCUCUUAAAUUACCAACAAUCCUCUAUCACUUUUUCUUUAAUUCAAAACCACUUAUUUUUUUAUUCAUUUAACAAUUAUUCUUCUGAUCAGCGAAAUAUCCCCAAUACCAAUUAAUUAUAAUUCAUCUCCGAAAUAAGCCAACUCUCCCUCACAAAUUGUUAAUCUAUUUUUAUUGCAUUUCACGAACAAAAUUGCACAGAAAUGAAACUUAAUAAAUUAUUAUUUAAAAAAUUUAAACUAUCGGAAUUUCUUGAAUUGCAAUAGAGACUUUCUCGAUCCCUCAAUCAAGUAAUAACGAAAAAUACGAGGGAAAUAAACGCCAUUGAUUUUUAAAUAAAACAAAAAUGCAAAAAGCCUCCUGCUCUUAAAUAAUCCCCAUUGGUGCAUCACUCCCGCCAUUAAAUUUUUGAUUCUCCACUUUAUUCCUUCUCGACGCAGUGAAUAUCUGUCAACUCUCCGGAAUAUUUUCAAAAAAUCUCCGAAAGCCCUUCAUAUAAAUCGAAAUAAACGUUGAUGCUUUCGUCCAGUAAUUUUACAAUGAACAUUGGAAUGACCGCUCUCUGGUGGGGCGGGAGGGUGGGAGGUAGGGGAGUAGGAAAAGGGCUUUUUGAGGGGUCAGUCAAGUAUUUCCAGAGGUACGAUGCAAACAACGGUUACAAAGCACUCGUUCAAACUCAUUGAAACUUGAAACUCCACUGGAUUUUGCGGAGAGUGGCCCCUACCCUCUGUUACCCUCUCCCUUCGGCUUGUUUCCAUGACACUGCGGACAAAUGCGUGCGUUGGAAACUCUCACACUACCGCGAAACUUGGGGGUGGAAUUGAAGUUGAGGGGGAGUAACGCGUGUCACAGACGAGUACAUCGUACUCGUGUUAACAGUAUUGUAAAUAUAAUGCUUCACUUUUUCAUAGUCCUCGACCUCCUCUUCAACAAAGGGCUGGAGAAAUUAUUCGCCGUUGCGGCACGUGUAUGAAAAUAUGUCAUUUUAAAUGGUUCACAAACGUCCAACGGGAGUAUUUAGGACAAUUAGGUCGUAUGGGAUUGUCGGUUUUUCGGUUCUUGGUUUUUGGAGAUUGAAAAAAACAUUUUUAUGAAAUAACUUUCGAGUUUUUGCAAAUCAAAAAAUUAUGUUUCGGGGAUUUUUCAAUUGUAAUGCACAGUUGGAGAAAUUCCACCCUUAGAAACCCUACCCAAAGUGCAUAUUUCAGAGGUUGAUAAGUGGAAGAUUUGAGAAAUAAUUUUUCGAAGAUGAAAAAUGAAUCUCAGUGAAUCCCUUUACGAGAGGUUUCUCGUAGUGUUUCUAGGGAUAGAAUUUUCCCACCAGGCGAUUUCCCACCCUUCAAUCUCUUCCCCACUGAAAUUUUCAAUUUCCGUCUCUCGAAAUGGCUCCCUAAAACCCGAAAUCCGGAAAGUCAGUCGCUCACUCCCCCUCAAUUUGACUCUUCCCAUGCUUUCAUGACAAUAGGAAACACGUCCCGCAACAUACGUACAUCUCAAUGUGAAAAAAAUCCUCCAACUAUGAAAAAAAUAGCAAUAAAAGUGGAUUCAUGGCUCGUGUCCGACUUGUCUCUGACCUUUUCCCCUUUUCCUCACAUUUCUCUUGCCUCCCUCUGGUGGGAGAUGAAAAAGAAAAACACAAGAUCGAUGCUACGCUUUGUCUUGGAGUCCCUCUUCGCAUCCCACAGUAACCUCUCCACAAAUCAAAUUCACCGAUUCUCAUUCGAGCACACCAGAAGAUAAAAUGAAGAAAACAUUUUCUUUAUUUUUUUUUUACUUAAACAAUUGAAUACCCCUAUCGAUCUAUUAACUCCUCUAAUUAUUUUUAUUCCAUACCGCAAACUCAAUUGAAUCGACAAAAAUGAUUAGAUCAAUAAAAUUUGUGCAGGGGAGGGUGUCCUAAUAAUUAUCCUCUCGACUCUCCUGCUGACCUUUUGAGAAAUUAGACCCUUCACUCGUCCCUCCCCUUUGACCCACAAAACCGUUCGAAAAAAUAAUCCCCAGUCCCUUGACAAUUAUCAACAACCUCAGAGAGAAUGAAGUAAUAUGGAAUAAUAAUGUCUGGUAUUUAUUUAUUAACAGAAAUGAAAGAAAAUUACCUGCAUUCCAAUUCUCGCGGUUGUUCAACUCUACCAAAUGGUCCCUCACAUAUGUACAUCAUGUUUAAAUAAGAUAGAGGGCAAUACACUGAAAGAGGGGCCCACUAAUCCGAGAAAUGAAUUUUUGAUAUUUAGUCAGGUGUCCCUCAACCUGACUAUGUGACAACAACAUAGAGGAGGAAAUAUCCAUCCAUGUAUUCAAAUUACGUGUAUAUAGUUGUGGAAUGCAAGAAGGGGGGAGGGGGGAAUUACGUGACACACCGUUAGGUUCGUCAACGCCAAACGAGGAGUACUCCAACCCCUGUUCGUUUGUAUAUGUACACUGGGCAACCAGAAACCAAAACUCGAAACCGAGAAAACGUGUUACGACAUUCCGGACAACUAGGGGAAACGGAAAUUUCGAAUCAGACGUUGACAGCUGAGUGGGUGGGCAGGAGAUAGGGAGAGUGAGAAGGGGGAGGUUAAUUGAGAUAAUUAAUAUUUUUGUAAUUACUGAAGAGGGAGAGAAUAUUAUUAUGAACGAAAAGAAUUUUUUUUAGUUGGAAAAGUGACGAAAAAAAAAAAUUUUUAGAGCCUGCGAUAUUCUUAGUGAAUUUGAUUUGCAAAGUCCAGGUGAAUUUUUAAAAAUUCCAUUACUCGAAAAAUGUGGGGAGGGUCAGAGGGUCAAAGGGAGAGACGGGUGAAGGGCUCGAACCCUAGGAAAGAGCAGAUGAUAGAUAUGGAUAGAGUAAUGAGUUUAUUCGUCACUCUCGUUUGAUUCACUUCGCUCCACAUUUUUCUAUUAAUUCGGUGCAUGUUCCAGUGAAUCCAGGACAAGAAAAAUUCCUUAAAAUCCUCAGAAGCCCGGAUAAAAGUGAAAAAUGAAGUAAAUCAUCGCCUAUGUAUCUCACAACGAUAUACUUGAGUCGUUGCCAAAAGCGAUUAGAAAGGGAGCUACUGUACACUCGGUGCAAGCUCUAGUUGGGGGGCACUUGUGUCGCCUGAACGAAACUCAAUAGGAGAAAGAAAGAAAGUUGCAAAAAAAAAUUUCUUCGCAAAAAAUACCCAGCGCCGUUAUAUCUGUAUGAACUCGGUGGAAAUCUAUAUGAAUUGGGAAGGGCGAGGAGGGCCAGGCGACGCUGGACGUGCGAUUUAUUGUCCCCUAUUCGUUCGUCGGUAUAAUAUAUAGGCACCCCUCCUAUAUUUGCCCAAAGGAGACAUUCAAUGUUCCUUCAGAUGAGAAAAUGUUCUCAGAAAAACUUCCGACACGAAUUCAUUUGUGACAUUAGUUGGUUAGUUGUGAUCUUUUAGUUUUAGAAUAUGAAUACGACUUUUGUACUUGUUUAGAGAUUUUUUUUUAUAUCUGUAAGUGUGCGGAGGGGAUAUUUGAUGAGUGGACAAUUUUUUCGAAUGGAAAUUUGUCAGGAUAAAUAUUUUUUCAAUUUCUUCUUUGGGUAAAAAUAAUUAUCUGACUUGGAAAAUGAAAUUUUGCGAAUUCUUUUUUUUGUAAUAGAGCGAUUAUCUAGAUAAUGAGUAGAUUUAGAAGGAAAUGUUAUAGAAUGUUUUUUGUAGAAGAUUAAAUUUGCUAUAAAAAAUAUUCUAUGACAUGUUCCUCUAAGACGAGUUGUUAACCAGAUAAUUCAAAUUCAAUUCUGAAGAACGAAGAAAAUUGAUUGUAACAGCCAUCACUCAUAAUUUUUUAAUGAGUGAUAAUCUCGGUAAUGAAUCGUCUGAGGGGAAAAUGUCAUCAUAGCUAUUACGUAGAUGAUUAAAUUUUCCACAAAAAAUGUUAUACAACUUUUUUUCCUAGAACAACUCGUUGUCGGGCUAAUACCAAUGUCAUUUCAUAGGAAGAAAAAAAUGAAAUUUUCAAUUUCCUCAAAAAAACAUUCACUCCAUCACAUUCACCUCUCGAUUAAUUAUAAUUUCUUAGAAAAUGUAAGAGUGUGUGCAUGCGACAAACCAAUUGUAUAAUUCGGAUUCUGAUGAUGAGGGAGUGUCGAAGACUGUAAAGAGAUAUCACUCAAUGAGGCGAGGGUCGAAGGGGGGGAGGGAGAAUACGUAAGGAAAUAAAGAGAAAAAUAUAAAAUAAAAAAUCACUGAGUCGAUUAUUUCGUCCUUGAUACCGAGUCAGGCGUGAAUCGAGUUAUUGUUUUCGAGGGAGAGUUCAAACGGAGGGUGGAGCCAGUGUAUAUCAUAUCGGGGAGAACCCUCUCUCUCUGACAAAAUCGAUUCUCGUCUCAACUGUUCAAAUAACUCACUUGUGUAUCUCAAAUACUGACGGAGGAGUUGGAAGUUUAUUUUUCCCAGGUAUUUACUGGACUAUAGAGGGGUGAUGAGAAUCCUUGAGACACGACUCGUUGAGUUCCGUAUGAUUCCAUGAGCCUUGAAAUUUUUUUUUAACUAAAAAUAUUGUUUUUUUUUGUUGAAAAUUCCUGACACCCUGGGAUCAUUAAAUUUGCCAAUUAAAUUGGCUCAAAAAAUUAUAAAAUUACAAUAGUAUAUGUUCAUAAAUAAUUAGAAUUAAUAAAUACAUUCAAAGGAUUGAAUCAAGUUUUGAAAUCCAAAGAGGCACUCACCCCCACAAUUUCUGCAAAGCUCAUUUCCUCUGACUCCCGAACUUGCAAAACAUUCUCAGUCUCUCGUAUUCCCCUGAAUGUUCAUCGACACAUUGACCCAUCCACAGGCACUCCAUUCUCCCCUCAACGAUUUCAUCCAGUAAUUAUCGGCUCACUUAACGAGACAUUAAUCCUCCUGAUUUACCAUUAAUCUCAAUUCUUCCAGAUUUUUAUUCUUCCACCUACUUUUUUUCCUCUCCCGAGUUGAAUUCUUCUAUUCAUACUUUCAGAAGUUCCCGAGGGGUCGAAAUAGUCCUAUGGAGAGGACCUUGGUAUCCAAGUUUAAUGAAAGUGUUCUUCCCUCAUUUGAUUUUCAGAGACUAGACAUAAUUCUACGAGGGACGGGGAGGGGUAGAAGAUCUAUGGAAAAAAUUACCUGGAAAAUUACAGGAAACAAACUAACAAAUAAAAAUUUGCUCAAUAAAAAAAAAUAUAGAUUGAAAAAUAAAAAGAGGAUUUUUCCACCCGCACAAUCUCUCUCCUCAGUACCCUAAAACGAAGAAUGUGUUGUGAGACCCUGUUUAUCGACAUUUCCAGCCCCUAGUACUGAAGUUCCUCAACCAGCGAAUGAAAAAAAAAACCAUAAUGAUAACAAAGCGUCCCAUAAAAAUAAUGUAACGUAAUACCGCCUGCAGAGCCACAGCCCCAAUUCACCGCCCCAAAAAUGAACACCUAAAUUUGGAUUUCCACAUAGCUCUCCAGACAGAUAGGCCAAACGAGAUCUAGACAACUUCAUUUUGAGUAACUGAAGAUUGGUCUUGGGCACGCACGUUUACUCUUAUCACUGAGUCUCCAUCAUCGAUCUCCCCCUUCUCCCUCUCCCGCUGUUUGUAGAAUAUU